ACGCAAAACAAAGAGUAUUCUAAUCCGAAACGAAUUGACCAGACCGCAGCAGAGGCUGUCCGGGCGGGGCGGGGCCGAUCGGUUACGUGCGUCGAACCAGGAAUUCGUCUUCCUUAGGCGGCGAGUGAGUUGGUGGGGGUCGGGUGGGGGAGUUUUACGGGUUCAAUUCAAAUGAUUGACAGAGAGAAAAUCAAAAUUCAAUCGGCUUUGUUUUGUUUAAUAAAAAAGGGGUUAAACGGUGGGUCAGGGAAAGAAAAAGAAUGCAGUCAGCUAUAAGUACAGUUUGUUGCAGUCGAGGACGGGGAGGAGUCACCGCUACGCUACCACGAGAAUCACGGGUGAUAGUGAGGCCGCCUCUCUCUCCUCAUCUUCUUCUUCUGCCUCCUUGCGCGUCGUCGUCGUCUUCUUCCGCUGUGAUUUGUCUAUUGCCGCCGCCGCCGCCACGAUCCGCCGGAAGUAGCGCCGCCGCCGGCGGUUACUGGAAUUCGAGAGCGAGUUUUGGAUCGGGAGCGGGAGUGGGGAGGAUGUCGACGGAUUCUGCAGUGAACGGAUCGGGUUUGUCGCUGUCUGGUGCGAAGAAGAAUGCGCGGACUUCGGAUUACCUGCGGCACGUGGAGUCGAUGAACACGAUGCCGUCUGGAGCAGGCAAAAUUCAGAGGCUGAACGCCGUCAUCCUUGGAGAGGCGCUGGCUUCUGAGGAGGAUGAUCUCAUCUUUCCGAGCGAGGAUUUCGCUCGGAAGGCUCACGUUUCCUCUCCUCAAGAGUACUUGGAGAUGUAUAGAAGGUCAAUUGAGGACCCUGCUGGUUUUUGGUCCGAUAUUGCUUCGGAGUUUUACUGGAAGCAGAAGUGGGGACAAGAGGUCUACUCGGAGAAUUUUGAUGUCAGAAAAGGGAAGAUCAGCAUCGAGUGGUUCAAGGGAGGUGUCACCAACAUUUGUUACAACUGCUUAGACAGGAUUAUUGAGUCUGGAAAUGGUGACAAAAUCGCCAUUUACUGGGAAGGAAAUGAGCCUGGUGUUGAUGGCAGUUUAACUUAUAAGCAGCUGUUGGAGAGAGUUUGCCAGCUUGCGAAUUACCUGAAAGAUAUUGGUGUUAGAAAGGGUGAUGCCGUUGUAAUUUACUUACCAAUGCUUAUGGAACUGCCAAUUGCAAUGCUCGCAUGUGCUCGAAUUGGUGCUGUUCAUUCGGUUGUUUUUGCCGGAUUCUCUGCAGAGUCUCUUUCUCAGAGGAUUAUAGAUUGCAAACCAAAGGUUGUGAUAACUUGCAAUGCAGUUAUGAGAGGAUCCAAGGCCAUCUAUCUCAAAGAUAUAGUUGAUGCUGCUCUUGUAGAAUCAACCCAAAAUGGGAUCUCUGUAGGUGCAUGCUUGAUCUAUGAAAAUGUAUCAGCCUUGAAGAGGGAGGAUACCAAGUGUCAUGAGGGAAGAGAUAUCUGGUGGCAGGAUGUUGUUCCAAAUUAUCCAACUACAUGUGCUGUUGAGUGGGUUGACGCUGAAGAUCCACUUUUUCUGCUAUAUACUAGUGGAAGCACUGGAAAGCCCAAGGGUGUUCUGCAUACAACUGGUGGAUACAUGGUAUACACUGCAACAACGUUCAAGUAUGCAUUUGACUACAAGCCAUCAGACGUAUACUGGUGCACAGCUGACUGUGGUUGGAUUACUGGACACAGCUAUGUGACUUAUGGGCCUUUGCUUAAUGGAGCAACAGCUGUUGUAUUUGAAGGGGCUCCAAAUUAUCCAGAUCCUGGGAGAUCUUGGGACAUUGUUGACAAAUUCGGAGUGACGAUAUUUUAUACUGCCCCAACACUUAUUCGUUCUCUCAUGCGCGAUGGAAAUGAGUAUGUCACCCGCUACUCACGCAAAUCCUUACGAGUGCUUGGCAGUGUAGGCGAGCCCAUAAAUCCUAGUGCAUGGAGGUGGUUUUUCAAUGUAGUUGGAAAUUCAAGAUGCCCCAUAUCUGACACUUGGUGGCAAACAGAGACUGGUGGCUUUAUGAUUACUCCUUUACCUGGUGCCUGGCCACAGAAGCCUGGUUCUGCUACUUUCCCGUUCUUUGGGGUUCAGCCUAUCAUAGUGGAUGAGAAGGGCAAUGAGAUUGAAGGUGAGUGCAGUGGAUAUUUAUGUGUGAAAAGCUCAUGGCCUGGGGCAUUCCGGACGCUUUAUGGUGAUCAUGAAAGAUAUGAAACUACAUACUUCAAGCCAUUCCCAGGCUAUUAUUUUACUGGUGAUGGCUGCAGCAGGUAAUUCUCUUUUUCUUUAGAUCCCUAAAGUAGGCCUUCAUUACCAGAAACUUCGUUGCUCACAAGAUGGAAAUAUUAAAAAUGUAGGUUUUUAGCAAAAUGAAUGUGUAAGGAGGAAAGAAGAGGCAGGAUAGCAACAUCUACAAAAAUCUUUCUGUUCCAGGGAUCAAUCUAAUUAAAAAGUAGAGAAGGAGGUGACAGGGCAACAUGGAGGAGAAGAAAUCUUUUUAGCCAGUAAACGUUUAUGCAAGUAGAAUGAGGUAGUCACUCGAAAGUUCUGCAUGGAAAACUUAGGAAAAGGUAUUACCAUCACAUAACCUUUUGUCUUGAUCAAGAAUCCAUUGAUUUGGUUACUGGAAGAGAGAAGGUUAUGUGAUGGUGGUUGUGGAAGGAAUUCUAUCAGUUGAGAAAGGUCUCUUCUGGUUUAAAGAUUCACUAAGUGAGUUUGAAGAUGAAGUAGUUGUGUUUCUAAGUAGUCUGACUAGGGUGAAGAAUAUUGGAGCCUCUUUGCCUUAAAGUGAUUGGCUGGGAAUAAGUUUAAACUGUGUAAUAUUUGUUGGUGAAACUUGGUCAUCCCAAGAAAAGAUUAGUUUAGAUUUCUUGAAUCAACCAUUCAUAAAGAUAGAUUAAUUAAUGAGAAUGUUAUUCAAAGAAUUCAGGCAUGAUGUUUAAGAUGGAAAAGUUCGUUCAAACAUUUUGUUUGAUAGUAAGAUUCCAUUAAAGCUAAAAUAAAAAUAACCAGCUAUGUUGUAUGGUACAAAAUGUUGGCUAGUAAAGCACCAACAUCUACAAAAUAUGAGUAUAACAAAGAUGAGAAUAUUAUAAUGGACGUGUGACCAUACAAAAAGAUAAAACUAGAAAUGGGGUUAUUCAUAAAAUGUCGGAGCGGCUUCUAUUAAAUUUAAGAUGCUUGAACACGAUUAAGAUGACUUGAUCAUAUGUGAAGAAGACCAAUAGAGGCUCACACAAGGGAAGUGGAUGGAAUGGAACUAGUUAUUAGCAAAAUGGACAGAGAAGGAUUAAGAAAAACUUAGUGGGAGAUACUUUGAUAUGAGAUGAAUACAAGAGCCUAACAAAAGGUAUGGCUAUGGAUAGAGGUGAUUGGCAAGCUAGAAUUCAUGCAUUCAACCCCACCUAGUAGGAUUAAGGCUUGAUUUGUUGUUGUUAUCUAAUAGUUGUUGGGAACAACAGUGUCAUAUUGGUGGUAUUGUUUGCUAUUGGAGGCUUAUUGCCCGCAUGGAGUUGUAGGUGCCAAUAAUGACUUAAAACAUGCUUGGUUUGAAAAAUAAGUAACUUUGCUUAGGCUUGGGUAAUUACACAUAAGAUCACUUGUGUGAAGUUUAAAAUUGCAUUGGCUCAUAUUGUCUUUAUGUGGGUGCUUCUUGUUACUUUGGGGUGAGUUCUUUGUGGUUAUCAAAUCCACGAGGGUUGCUUUGAUUUCAUGGUUGAGUUAGGUUGGAUGGAACUCUUGCUUAUACAGGCCACUCUUACUAGGAGGGCAAGCCUUGGUGGCAAUAGUAAGGCUACUCCUUUGUAAUUGGGAGCUCAGGUGUUCGGGUUACGGAAACAAUCUCUUUGCAUAACAAGGGUGUGUAUAAAAAUGACCCUUGUAUGGUGAGCAAACAUGUUCACUGGGGGCAGCCCCCUUUCUUGAGAGGAUAUGAGUAUGUUGUUCCAACCUGGUACAUAUAACCAAUACUUUUAUUUCCUCUUAUUUGAGUAUACUUCCAUAUUAUAGUUUUGAGAUAUUGAUGAUGUAUCCGUAUAUUAGAUUGAAGGUGGAAGUAGCAAUCUGUUAAACGAAUCCUUGCUGUUGGCCAUUAACUUACCACUUGCUCUAAAAGAUUAAGUUGUUAAGAAAUGGCUCAAUACUACUGUAAAAGUUCCCUAACACACACAGAACAACAAUGAACACAGCAUAAUAAUGGGGGAACAAAUACACAUUAGGAGACUUGACUCAAGGGUUCUUAGAAACCUGACCUCUUAUACCAUGUUCAAAUUACUGCUCAUCC